CCGGGCCGCGGCGGCCAAUGGGGAGGCGGGAUGUUGAGGGGUGCCGGCGGGGGGGAAGGGGGAGCGAGAGGGAGCGAGAGCAAGAGCAAGAGCGAAACGGGAGGCGCCCCCCGCCGCAGCAGCCCCCCCCCGCGGCGGCGAUGGCGGAGGCGGCGGAGGAGACGGUGCUGCUCGUGGAGCACCGGUACGUGUGCUCCGAGUGCAGCCACCUCUCGGCCUCGCUGGAGGAGGCCCUGCUGCACCAGCAGGGCCACCUGGGCCCCGAGCAGCACUACGAGCUGGUGGGGCUGGCCGGCGACUACCAGGCGCUGGCGGUGCCCGAGAGCAGCCAGUACCAGUGCCUGGAGUGCGGGCAGCUGCUGGUGUCGCCGGGGCAGCUGCUGGAGCACCAGGAGCUGCACAUCAAGCUGCUGAGCCAGGAGCCGGAGCCGCCGGCCGCCAAGCCGCCGGCCGCCGGGCAGAUCCACUACGAGUGCCUGGAGUGCAAGGCGCUCUUCAGCAGCCAGGAGGUGUGGCUGGCCCACCGGCAGAGCCACCGGGCCCCGGCGCCCGGGCCCGACCCCCCCCCGGCGCCGCCCGGGCAGGCCCUGGUGGACCUGGAGCACUCGUACCGCAAGCCGGAGGAGGCGGAGGGCGGCGCGGUGCAGCUGCUGCUCUACGAGUGCGGCGAGUGCCUGCAGCUCUUCCAGACGCCCAAGGACUUCCUGGAGCACCAGGCCGCCCACCUGGCCGCCCCCGCGGCCCCCGCCUCGCCCCCGCCGCCGCCGCCCCCGCCGCCCCCCGCCCCCGCAGCCAACGGCGGCGGCGGCGGCGAGGCGGCGGCCGGCGACCACAGCUACGAGCUGAAGAACGGCCCCGAGGAGGCGGCCGGGGGGGCCGGGGGGGGCUGGCGGGCGGCGCGGCGGCCCCGGCGCGGCCCCCCGGAGCACCGGUGCGCCGAGUGCGAGCAGCUCUUCCCCUCGGCGCACCAGCUGCAGCUGCACCUGCGCUGCCACCGCCUCGGCGCCUUCCAGUGCCCGCUGUGCAGCAAGGUGCUGCCCUCGCCGCCCGCCCUGGAGCAGCACCUGGGCGGCCACAGCGGCGAGUCGCACUUCCUCUGCCUGGACUGCGGGCUGGCCUUCGACACCGAGGCGGUGCUGCUGGCCCACCGGCGCACGCACUCGCCCAACCCGCUGCACCGCUGCGCCUGCGGCAAGGCCUUCAUCAACAUGACCAAGUUCCUCUACCACCGCCGCAGCCACGGGCCGCUGCCGCCCGCCCCGGCGCCCGCCGAGCCCGGCCCCGCGCCCGAGGACGCCGCGCCGGAGCCGGCCGAGGCGCGGAAGGCGGGCGACGCGGUGCCGCUGGCCAUCAUCUACUCGGUGGACGGCGGGGAGGCGCCGGGCCCCAGCUUCCGCUGCCUCAUGUGCAGCAAGGUCUUCUCCAAGCACCUGCAGCUGGUGCGGCACCAGCGCUUCGUGCACCGCCUGGAGCGCCGGCACAAGUGCCCCACCUGCGGCAAGAUGUUCAAGAAGAAGUCGCACGUGCGCAACCACCUGCUGACGCACACGGGCGAGCGGCCCUUCCACUGCAAGGAGUGCGGCAAGAGCUUCAACUCGCAGGCCAACCUGCUGCGGCACCGCCUGACGCACACGGGCGAGCGGCCCUACCAGUGCGAGGUGUGCCAGAAGCGCUUCACCCAGUCCUCCACGCUGCAGCAGCACCUCUUCGUGCACAGCCGCCGCUACCCCUACAAGUGCCAGGAGUGCGGCGUGCACUUCCACCGGCCCUACCGCCUGCUCAUGCACCGCUACCACCACACGGGCGAGUACCCCUACAAGUGCCAGCAGUGCGGGCGCUCCUUCCUGCUGCGGCGCCUGCUCGACGUGCACCAGCUCAGCCACGCCGGCCGCCAGCCCCAGGUGUGCGGCGGCUGCGGCGCCGCCUUCGUCACCGCCCUGCAGCUGCGGGAGCACAAGUGCGGCAAGGUGAGCCGCCGCUUCGAGUGCCCCACCUGCGGCAAGAAGGUGGGCUCGGCCGCCCGCCUCCGCGCCCACGAGCGGGUCCACGGCGGCCCUGGCGGCGACGCGGCGGCCCCCGCGGCGGCCCCGGCCGCGGCCCCCGCGGCCCCCCCGGCCCCCCGGCGCCCGCCCUGCCCCAAGAGCUUCGAGUGCGGCGACUGCAAGAAGCUCUUCAGCACGGAGACGUCGCUGCAGGUGCACCGGCGCAUCCACACGGGCGAGCGGCCCUACCCCUGCCCCGACUGCGGCAAGGCCUUCCGCCAGUCCACCCACCUCAAGGACCACCGCCGCCUGCACACCGGCGAGAAGCCCUUCAAGUGCGACGAGUGCGGCAAGGCCUUCACCAUCGCCGUGCGCCUGGCCGAGCACCGCCGCAUCCACACCGGCGAGCGGCCCUACCGCUGCGAGGCCUGCGGCAAGGCCUACCGCUCCUUCUCCAACCUCUGGAAGCACCGCAAGCUGCACCAGCAGCAGCGGCUGCAGCACGAGCGCCAGGCGCUGGCCCAGGCGCAGGCCGACGCCGACGCCGAUGCCGCCGCCGCCAACAACGCCGCGCGGGACUACGGCAGCGCCCUGGCCAUCGUGGAGACCAUCGAGAUCUACCCCGAGGGGGCCGAGGCCGCCCCGGCCCCCCCCGGCCCCCUGGACGCCGUCCCCCUCGGGGGCGUCUGAGCGGGGCUGGGGGGCCCGGCCGGCGAGGCGGGGGGGGGCUGGCGGCCCCCCUGCGCCGGGGAGGUCUCCCGCGGCCCCGCAUCUGCCCCGGCUGCGGCCCCCCAGCUGCCCCGGGGGGU